GGCACUUGUUUCUACUAGCGUCCUUGUUACUAGUCACCCUUUUUUCUAGACGUCUAGAUGCUUUUUCAGUUGUGCGAUCACAGCGCAUGUUUGGCUCAAGAUGAUGGGCGGUCUUCGGUGUGGGAGCCAGUUGGAGCGAGACUCGCUCAAAAGCACGUCUGGCGCGAGAGGUUCGACAAGGCACCACGGUGCUGUUUGGAGCAGAAACAGCGCUCCUUCUUUCAGCUCUUUCGGCUCUUUUUCGUUGUCUUUUCUAUUGCUCUUCGUUGGCGCUUCGAGUGAUGAGCCUUGCUCCAGCAGCUCACUCCUGGUGAUGAUCCGAGACUAUGCCCCAAAUUGUAUCGGAGCAUGUCCAGCGAUUUGCACACCGUUAGAAGGUCUCAUCACAGCAGUGAUGAUGGGCGCAGAUCCGAUUGAAGUGAUAUGUCCUGUGUGGGAGAUCUUCAGCUGCAUGGGCCAAGAAGAAGUGAUAGACUUUUGCACUCCUCUUUUGGAUGCUGCCAAGGUUUAUGCUGGCAUAGAUCUGCCGAGAUCGGAUUCAGAGCUUCGAGAAGCCUGCCAUGUGACCACACAGGAAGCUGAAAGCACCGAAGAAGAAGCUGAAGAGGAAGAAGCUGAAGAGCCGAGCGCGAGCCAGUCUUUGUCCGCACAAAGCGGAACAGAGACGACCAUCGACUCCGACACCAUCUCGAAUCAAACGAGCAACGAAAGCACCGAAACGACGUCGACGCAAACCCGGACCCAGACCACGGCCACGGCCACGAGUACCACCACGGCCACGGUGUCCGGAACGUCAACUGAGAAGACUGACACGAACGCAACGACGACGUUCGACAUCCUGUCGCCUGUAGAUGGCGACAAUCUCACGGCUACCUUGUCCAACAGCACUUCCAACAGCACCGACGGCGAGGGCAUCACAGUGGGCAUGGGUGCAGGCUCCACCAGCAUUUUAACAGAGAACUCUACAACGACAGCCUUUGAUGCCGUCUUCUUGGAUGCAGCGCAUGGUGCUUUCUUCUCGUGUUUCCUUUGUUUCAUGGCGACCGCCUGGAGCAUUUGAUGCCGGAGGUGGAAAUGAAAGCAUUUCUUCACGUCGAAUCCGACACUUCUUUCAAACACACAGGCCGCACACUGACGCAGACGUCUCAAAUCGUCUCAAACUCGAGCAUCAAAACCACUCACAUCGUGUGAGCAUCAUUUGAAGAGGCGAGAAUUGCGCCUUCCGAAUUCAUGACGUCAACUGACGCCACAUGCAUGAGGCCCUCAAAUGAGCACCGGCUUGAAUUUGGUCGAACGUCUUUGACGGUGUGAGAUGGCCAAGUCACUCACAGCAAGUAGAAGCAACAUGCCCCACAGGAAAAAACGGCAGCAAAUUCCGGUCUGCACCACAUUCUGUCCCAGAUCAGUUUGCGGCAUUUCGUGCUGCCUGAAUGUCAGAUUAUUUUUCUACGGAUCGUGAAUGCCACUUCGCCUGUCACAAGUAGAACUGG